GUUUAAUUCACUUCAAAAAGAGUAAAUGUCAGUUUUGAGUUUUGUCAUUCUUCGUUUCCUUUAUUUAGUGGGCCGUUCUUAGAGAAAAUCUGAUUCAACAAUAAAUAAUUCGAAAUGAUGGCUGAGGAUGCAACAGCCGAAGCUACUAGACGUCUCAACGUUAAGAAACAAACGUUGGAUGACGCGUACGCGGCGCCGGCGAAUUUCUUAGAAAUCGACGUUCUUAAUCCAGUGACCACUAUGGGUGUUGGUAAAAAACGCUACACGGAUUACGAAGUUCGUAUGAGGACAAACCUACCCGUUUUCAAAGUGAAAGAUUCGAGCGUCAGACGGCGGUAUAGCGACUUCGAGUGGCUCAGGAAUGAAUUGGAGAGGGACAGCAAGAUAGUCGUACCUCCCUUGCCCGGCAAAGCUCUGAAGAGACAGUUGCCGUUCAGAGGCGAUGAUGGUAUAUUUGAGGAGGAAUUUAUAGAGGACCGCAGAAAAGGUCUGGAAGUGUUCAUCAACAAGAUAGCCGGGCACCCGCUGGCGCAGAACGAGCGCUGCCUCCACAUGUUCCUGCAGGAGCCCACCAUCGACAGGAGCUACGUGCCCGGCAAGAUCAGGAACACAUAACUGUACACGCCGCGCCGUCACCAGAGCCGAGGCUUUGCAGCAGUCCUCGCGCCCCACCGACAUCGGGGAGUCGCACGCUGGUGUGAUUCAAGAUCGCUAUGCAGUACGGAGGUGGACUGGAAUCAUCAUCGGGACUACGGAGCAGCUGUGACGGAGGCUGCGGGUUUAGAUCGAAGGUGGUGUGCAUGUGAAGUUGGCUAAUGUUUUUGGAAUGAUACGGGCAAUGUGAUGCUCUGGUACAGCGGUCCUCAAACCUUUUUUUUUACUUAGUGAUAGACUAACGUACUCUUUACAGAUUCGCGAAACUCUUGCAUACAACAUUUUUGUUGGUUGUAAUAAACAUAGGUACAGGUGAAUUGAUAUUUAGUAAAUAUCUCUUGUGAGUCCGCACGGGUAGGUACCACCACCCUGUCUAUUUCUACCGUGAAGCAGUAAUGCGUUUCGGUUUGAAGGGCGAGGCAGCCGUUGUAACUAUACUAAGGUGGGUGGCGCAUUUACGUUGUAGAUGUCUAUGGGCUCCGGCAACCACUUAACACCAGGUGGGCUGUGAGCUCGUCCACCCAUCUGUGCAAUAAAAAAGGGGUUACCUUAAAAAAAAAAUCGUAUUUGUAAAUUUUGCGUCACCCUUGAAACUGGGGCUUUGACACACCAUUAUAUCGCGAUGUUGUGUUUGAGAACCGCUGUUCUAGUAGCAUGGGUCAUUGCCAGCCACAAAAACAAAGUCGCUUCACAAAAUCGACCACCUUCUCCCACCUUGGAUGCUCAACUAAACCAAUCCACUGAAUUAGUUGCCUGUGAAUCAUACGCUGUGACCUACUUCACAUCCGGAUCUGAGAAUGUAGUUUCUCCACAAACAUUUUUUCAAGUUAUGAUUGUGGAAAAGUGAUUGAAUGAAACCUGAUGUCGUUCAGAGGACUGCUCUAAAGCUAAACUGGAUGUUAUUGCAAAUUUGUUCACGUUAAAUUGUUACAUUAGAUUUUUAAAGAAACAAAUCGUCUUUUCGCAUUAAAAUUGUACAAUUUCCUAAAAUAUUCGAAAUUGAGUUAAUAUGCGGAAUCAUUUGGUACCAUCACCAGUAUUUUUCUUAUAAAUACCGUCAAAAGAGCGUAGUUUAGUUUUAGUUUUUUUUUUUAUAUUACCUAUGUUUUGACUACUGUUAACAAAAUUAAUACAUAAUUUUAUCUUACUUUAAUAGACAGAUAAUGUAACUGGUAAAAAUAAAUAAUUAAUGUUGCAAAGAUGAUUAACAUUUAAAAUAUCAGAUGUUAAACCUUUAAAACAUUCUCCUGUAAAAUUAGUAAGUUUUGAGAUUAUACAGUUUUAAUGCGAGAAGACGAAAUAUGAUAGCGACACAAUUUGCAAUAAACAUUCAAAUGUAAUAAAUAAAUAAAAAAUAAAUAAUUUAAAAAAAACAUACAAGACAAAAGAUAAAUAGCACAGCAUUCCCGAGGAGAGUAUAAUAUAUUUUUUAAUGAGAAUUCCUUUUGAAAGAACGAACUUGUUUACCGCAAGCCGUUGUUUUGAAACGAUUUUUGUUUCAUAAAAUGGCGUUUAUAAUUGUUUGGAUUACAAAUAAGUAUUUUAUUUACGCACGGAUAAAAAUUAAAAAUAAUCUUUAAAUUAUUAAAACGGAAUUGUUUUUAAGCAAUAAUUAUUCUUAUUAUUAUUAUUGGAAGUUUAGUUUUAUAAUUCAAUGCCUAUCAAUGAAUCGAUUUCAUUAGCGUUUAUUAGAUUAUUGAUAUAAUAUUUAAUGUUAAAUCUCAUUACUGUAAUGUUCUAUUUGAUGAUGUACAGUUAAUCUGGGUAAUUUUGAUUCGAUCUGGUAACAUUCUUUUGUAACUCAGCAAUUCGAUUCAUUUGAGUUUAUUGUUCACGGAGUUACAGGUUUGAGAUUUGCCAUGUACGUCUUAGGAUAAUAAUAAAAAAAUACAUUUGUUAAUUAUUGAUUAGAAAUAAAAUGGAGUUUUGUAACGUUGCUAACAUAAAAAUACAAUAUAGUCGAAUUAUCAUGACUAUUUUAUUUUUGUAAUUGAAAUUCAUGUGCUCUAUUUGCUAAGUUCCAUCAAAAUUACACAGAAUAACUAUAGAUUAAGCAAUUUAUUUGUGUUUUUCAUUUUAUUGUAUGUCAGUUUGAUAUUAUGUGAAAGACAACAUUGGAAUUAAAAAAUUCAUUACA